AUGCCUCCGCGCUAUAGGAACCGCGCUCUAAUUAUCGUGAGGGGCGAUGCCGACGAAGAGACUGCUGCCGUUGCUACUAUCGAAGAGAUUGCUGCCGCUGCCGCCGACGAAGAGACUGCUACCGUUACUACCGACGAAGAGACUGCUGCCGUUGCUGCCGACGAAGAGAUUGCUACUGUUGUUACCGACGAAGAGACUAUUACCGCUAUUGCCGACGAAGAGAUUGCUACCCUUGCCGAGUCGAUAGAAGAGAUAGAGUCCUAG